GCCGCAGCCGAACCGGGCUGCGGAAGUUCGAGGGCGCGGGGGUGGGUGGAGUGGCUGCGGCGUCGGCGCCCGAGUGAGUCCCCGCAGCGGAGAUCGCGGACGCGGGACCGAGCCCCUCCGACGCCCAGCAUGGACCUGGAAACCAAAAUGAAGAAGAUGGGCUUAGGUCACGAGCAGGGAUUUGGAGCCCCCUGUCUAAAAUGCAAAGAGAACUGUGAAGGGUUUGAACUACACUUCUGGAGGAAAAUAUGCCGUAACUGCAAAUGCGGGCAAGAAGAACACGAUGUCCUCCUGAGCAGUGAGGAGGAUCGGAAAGUGGGGAGACUCUUUGAAGACACCAAGUACACCACCCUGAUUGCCAAGCUGAAGUCAGAUGGGAUUCCCAUGUAUAAACGCAAUGUCAUGAUACUGACCAAUCCAGUUGCUGCCAAGAAGAAUGUCUCCAUCAACACCGUUACCUAUGAGUGGGCUCCCCCGGUCCAUAACCAGGCAUUGGCCCGGCAGUACAUGCAGAUGCUGCCGAAGGAGAAGCAGCCAGUGGCAGGCUCGGAGGGGGCACAGUACCGGAAGAAGCAGCUGGCGAAGCAGCUGCCUGCCCAUGACCAGGACCCUUCUAAGUGCCACGAGUUGUCACCCAAAGAGGUGAAGGAGAUGGAGCAGUUUGUGAAGAAGUAUAAGGGUGAGGCUCUGGGAGUGGGUGAUGUGAAGCUUCCCUCGGAGAUGAAUGCUCAAGGUGACAAGAUGUACAGCCCCGCUGGGGACAGAAACACCCUGGCAGCUGCGGUUCCCGAGCCCAAGAAGACCCAAUAUUUCUGUUACUGCUGCAAAGACAUCAUGAAGGAAGGAGACCCAGCUGUCUACGCUGAGAGAGCUGGCUAUGACAAACUCUGGCACCCGGCCUGCUUUAUCUGCAGCACCUGUGGCGAACUCCUGGUGGACAUGAUUUACUUCUGGAAGAAUGGGAAGCUGUACUGCGGCAGACAUUACUGUGACAGCGAGAAGCCCCGCUGUGCUGGGUGUGACGAGCUGAUAUUCAGCAAUGAAUAUACCCAAGCCGAAAACCAGAAUUGGCACCUGAAACACUUCUGCUGCUUUGACUGCGACAGCAUCCUGGCAGGAGAAAUAUACGUGAUGGUCAAUGACACGCCUGUGUGCAAGCCCUGCUAUGUGAAGAGCCAUGCUGUGGUGUGUCAAGGAUGCCACAAUGCCAUCGACCCGGAAGUGCAGAGAGUGACCUACAACAACUUCAGCUGGCAUGCAUCCACAGACUGCUUCCUGUGCUCCUGCUGCAGCAAGUGUCUUAUCGGGCAGAAGUUCAUGCCUGUAGAAGGGAUGGUUUUCUGUUCCGUGGAAUGUAAGAAGAUGAUGUCCUAGGAGGAGAGCACUGAGCAGGAUCCAGCCAUAGCUGUCCACAGUGGCCUGCAUUUCAUGAUAGAAUGCAAUUUGAAAAAAUAAUAAAAGGAAAAAAAAUAUAUAGCAAACCAGAAGAUUUUGUCCAACAUUUUUCUUUGUUUUUACCUUCUGGAUUUUGUCUGUUGUAAUUUUUAAAUUACUGCUUUAAGCCUUUCCACACAUGAAGUCUUUGAGUCAGAAGCUUGAAUUUAAUCAAUCUUUAUAAUGGAAUACCCCUAGUGCCAAAUAAUAUGUAUCACUUAGAAGUUAGUGCCCUGUAUGUCCUUAUAUGUCCUUAUAGUAACAAAAGUUAGUGCCCUGGGAAAGAUGAACAUUUUGGCUCCUGUGCUUUGACUCACAUGGAAAACGUAAAGGAAAUUCGAAGUUUCCUGAUGUGACACUCCGCACUUAGACUGUCUCAUGAACUGUGGUGAUACUCAAUGAGUUCCUUCUGGCAGACACCCGUGGUGGUGCCUGGUGGGUGUCCCAGUGCCUAAGCCUUUGCAUCGCCUUCUUGAGACAAAGGGGCCUUUUUCUUAUUGCAUUUCCUUGUAUUUACUUUACCUCUCAGUAUUCUCUCUUGUCGUCUAGUGACCUCCAUUUAUGGCCUUGACUGUUUUAUAUGUAUGUGGCAGAACAAUAUGCGAACAUUGCGCUUGGAGAUUUUUUUUGUCUAGAACAUAAAACAAGACUGCUCAUUUAUUUCUUUUUGAAAUCCAAAGAAUAUGCAUAGAUUUUAUACCCAGGGAAUUAUAACUUGCGCUGAUGUCACUUGCCUGCCAUGACAUCGGUUUUUGCAUGAUCUUUAGUCUUAUCUGAUGGAAACUUUCUCUCUCGCUACCUCUGAGCUUGCUGAUUGCCUGUCCACUCCUGUCGGGGGUGUUUCUAAUGUUUCCCCUUGUAUGCUUUUAUACAUAACUAUGCACUAUAAAUAUUAAAUGGAAUGCCUAUUAUAUAUGUUAUCCAAAAUAAAGUCUCUUUCAUUUUAA